AUGGGAGCAAUAUGUCUUCAAGCAGCUGUACUCGGAUUGUUCUUACCAGAGACCAAGGGUACACCAACCUUGGAGACCAUGGAUGAUAUGAAUAAAAACCAAAGAGUCGCUUUACUUGUGAAUAGUAACGAUAAAGCUGAAGCGAAUGAGAAUGAGAAUGACACUGAACUCUAG